GAAGAGACAUACUAUACGUCGCUACCUGCCCUUUGUCUGCAUACUCUUUGGUUUUCAAACGAUUCCUUCAAUCUGUAGAGAAGCGAAAGCAGAAUUUCUACGAAGCUGUGAGAAGCUAAGAUGAUGAUGAACAGUUAUCAGACAGAUGGAAAGAACUUGAUGGCUUCUUCUUCUUCUUCAUCAACUGCUGCUGCUGCGAGGGUUAUGGAGAAACCGAUUAGCCAAGAACAACCUCUGAAAUGCCCACGUUGUGAUUCCUCGAACACAAAGUUUUGUUACUACAACAAUUACAGUCUGUCUCAGCCCAGACACUUCUGCAAAGCUUGUAAGAGGUAUUGGACUAGAGGUGGAACUUUAAGGAAUGUUCCAGUGGGUGGAGGGUGCAGGAAGAACAACAAGAGAAUCAGGAGAUCAUCCGCGGCUUCUGCAGCUUCUUCUUCAUCGUCCCCAGCCGCCAUUGAUGUCGUCUCUUCUUCAUCAACCUCUCCUGCAGUUUCUUCAGCUCCACUGCAAAUUCCGGCUCCAACCCCACCACCCCAGACCAAAACCCAGAUUAAUCCUUUGUUUUACGGGCUACCCAUCAACCCUUCUUCUGAGCUCAACCCCCCAUUUCAAAGAUUGUUCGGUUCUAGGGUUUCAAGCAGUGAUCAGAGUUAUGAUAACAAUCAUGACAGCAUGAUCUCUUCACCUGGGUUUUUGGGUGGCCAUGGAGAGAAUGGGUUUGAUCCUCUUCUUUCAAGCUACCCAGUAUUUAGAUCUUCAUCAUCAAUACUCACUACCCCUAUUACUACUUCAACAACCACACUGGCCUCUCUGAUAGCUUCAAGCCUUGAGCAACGGAAGUUCAAUGCUUCUGGGGACAUUACUAACAGAAAUUUUCUGGGCAUGCCAUCUUAUAAUGGAGAAUCAGUAAUGGCAGGGAAUAUAAUUCUUGGAAAUGGGGAGUUCUUGAAAGGUGAUGAGAGGCAAAACAGAUUGAAUUGGAACGGUGGUGGUGUUCCUAUGAACAAUCACAAUAUUCUGCAGACAGAAGGGGUGGUGAAUAUUAACUAUUCAUCAACACCAUCAGAUCCUUCAUUUCCAUGGAAUGGUGGUUGGAUGGAUCCUUCAAGUAUGGGUUCUUCACUCCCAGCCUUCUCUCAUCUAGCUAGCUAGCUACCCAGGUUUAGUUUGGCUUCAUCAAUCUUCCUUAAAUUCAUUAACUUGGUUUCUUGUUGUACUUUAAUUAGCCAAGAAGGUUGGCUAAAAAAGGUGUGGGAGGCCGGGGAAAAAGUGGUCAGAAAUCGAGAGUUUUAAUUUCCAGUUAUAUAUUUCAUAGUAUAUAUUGAUGGUAGGAGGAUGGAUGUGAGUGAUCAUGUCAGCUGCAAUGAACAAAAAAAAUGAAAAUUCAAGCUCAUAUUUUUGGUAACAUAGUCAAGCUUGAAGAAAUUAAAGUUGCAGGAUUUGCGCUGAGAGGAACCUCGGAUCCUCUUCCUCGAUCUCAUCGGCCCCAGUUCAUCAUCAUCAUUAGAUCUCAGAAUUGAAGGCUACAUAUAUAUACAUGUAUGCAUUUGAAGAUAGAGCUUGAAUUGGAUGGGCACACAAUUAUUUCUAGUGAAUUAUUACAUGUGAGUGGGUUACUAUAUAUUGGGUUUAUUUAUAAGUUUCUAUUUAUGUACAUAUGCAAGCUAAGUACUAUGAUUAUUAUUUGAAUGACGCGAAAAAUUUAGUAUCACUA